AUGGAAAAAUACACUGAUAAAACUGUAAAAUCCAAGCCAAAUAACACAAAAAAACAGACAAAGGAAAAAUACAAAAAUAAGAACAGCCUGAAUAGGAGUCAAUACAAAGUGACCAUCACCAUGUACUAUUUUUUGCUGAAGAUGACCGUUGCAGGACUUGCGUUGUUCAGAGUGCAGACUUUGUGGUACAGAACAUUUUAUGGAAAGAUUACAAAAAUUGGAACAAAACUGUCGGGAAUGAGAGAGAGUCGUAAAUGGGGAGGUUGUUGGAAAGGAGUAUCACUGUAUAUUUAUGAUAACCUAGUAAAGAAUGCAGUGUUGGAUUGCGCUAUUAUAGAUCGGAAUGGAAUAUCAAUAACAAAUAUUGAAUACCGCACGUUGCUGUGUAAAAUGAGAUCCAAUUCGAGAUUCGACAAGAGACUAGUAGCUAAAAUAACAUUUCCUCUUACAGCAUCUAGAAACAUUCUAGACAUAAACGACAUUUGA